AUGCUACGACUUAAAAGGCAUAAAGGUGAAUUAAUGGAAGUGGCUAUACUACGUGCUAUUGGAAAGCAUCCACAAAUAGCUCAUCUACACGCUGCUUAUGAGUACAACAUCUAUUGUACUAUAGUUACAGAAUAUGUCUCAGGUGGCGCUUUGUACAACAGAAUUGAAAAAGAAGGUUCAUUAGACGAGGCUAUUACUGUGAGUAUAGUUCGUCAAGUUCUACUUGGUUUAAAACAUCUACAAGACUGUUCAGUUAUUCAUCGUGAUUUAAAACCAGAAAAUUUAAUGAUGGUACAAUCAUCUGGAUAUCGUUUAAAAAUUAUCGAUUUCGGUUUGGCUAUCUUUUAUACAGGCAGUCAGUGUCCUCCUAUACCAGCUGGAACAUUGACUUAUAUAGCACCUGAAACACAAAAUUGUGAUCCACAAACAUAUACAACUGAUUUAUGGAGUUUAGCUGUUAUUGCAUACGAAAUUCUUGCAGGUAUUACACCGUUUGAAAUUCCACAAGAAGGAUGCCGUGAUCGGACUUUAACCAAUCAAGAGAUAUCUUUAAAUAUUACACAUUGCAGAUACGAUUUCGAUGAUCCUGGUAUAGUUGACGUUUCAAAGGAAGCUAAAGAUUUUAUCAAACAGAUAUUAGUUCGUGAUCCUAAUAAAAGACCAUCAGUACAACAAUGUUUAAAUCAUCCUUGGAUGGCGAUGCGUGAAGAAGACAGACCACCAGUGAAAAGAACAGUUUCAUUGUUUCGUCAUAGUACACGAAGAAAGCCUAAAGGAUAUUGUUUCAAACCACGAACAAUUCAAAAGGGUGAUCCACAAGAUCCUGUUACAGGAUCAAGUCUAAAAAUCAAGUCUGAGCAAUCCAAAUACUUUCACACUGUAAAAGAAAAAAACUCCAUCAUUUAAAAAAAGCAAGAGAACAAGAGAAAUCCACUUUCGUUUUCGUCAAAAGUAAAGCAAUACAAACACAUGAGCAAAGUCACUCAUGUUAACAGUACGCACAAAUUUCUCUAAUAAGCG